AAGAUAUGAGUACAUUUAUAUCGACAAAAUAGGAAUCUUUUAUAGAGAGACAAAUAAAUACUUAGCAACCAGAGACAGUAAAACAAGUAUAAUUGAACGCUAUGAAUAGUACACAUCAUAUACAACUGAACCUACAUUGUUAAAGGAAGAUUAUGCUGUUAAGAAGAUUGAGAGACCAGAGGCUUAUCAAUUUUGGCACAAAAAGGAGAAAUAUAAUUCUUAUGCCAGCAGAGUACUCAAUACAAAUUAUCGAUCAUGUUCUGUGAUAAAUCCUGGGUAGAGCUUUCAAAUAAAUAAUGCUGGAAGUGGAAUAACUUAAACAUAGGUUGAUAGUGAAUUUUAAUGCUGUACAAAAUAAUAGAUGGUUGUUUCUGUUGUGAUAGUAUCAAGAGAAGAAAUUGAGCAGCCAUGGAGAGAAGAAUGUCUAUAUCUACAAUCAGUCAUAAAGGAAUUGGAAAAAAAGAAAGAAAUCAAAGUAAUAAAGGAAAUAGAUUAUGCAAGAGUAUCAAAUAAUAAGAUAUUGUAAGAUCAAGGAACUUGAGGAGGAAAAUUAACAUUUGCAAUUCGAAUUAUAGUAAGCAUAAGAGAGUACUUUGAUAACAGAAAGAGUGACUUAGAAUAAUAGCGAAGUUGAAGUGUGGAAAAGGAAGUUUUAGGAAGUGAAUCAUGAUUAUAAUGAAGCUCAAGAGAAGUUGAUGAACGUCGAAAUUGAAUUGGAAGCCUUAAAGAAGGAGAAAGCCAGAGUAUUAAUAAAAAUCAUAAUAGGCAGCCACUGCAACUACAACAGUCACAAGAUCAACUGUAAGAACUGGCACUUCAAGCGUUAGAUAGGCAGGAUAAAUUUGAAAUCAAUCAUAUAUUAGAUUGGGU